ACAUUAUCCAACAGUCUCAGACUUUAACUUUCGACUUAAUUUUAACCCUGAGUGAGGAAACAUCAGCCUCCAGCAGUGUGUGUGUGUGAGAGAGAGAGAGAGAGAGAGAGAGAGAGAGAGAGAGAGAGAGAGAGAGAGUGAGGAUUACAGUAGGAGUGAUGUCCUGAGAUUACUCAGCAUCUAAAAUAAGCCCAGCACUGAGGAAGUCUGUUUAUCCGAGACUGAAGAACAGAGACUGGACUAUUACCUACUGUGAGCACAAUGACUGCGCUGUAUCACACAUUCCUGCUCUUUACAGUCAGUAUGGCUUCCCUGCAGCCGCAGAGGUCUCCACGGAGUAAAAGGGGUCUGCUGGAACUAGCUGGGGUUAUCAAGUGCAGCACGGGACGAUCAGCUUUAUCCUAUGUGAUGUACGGAUGUUACUGCGGUAUUGGGGGUCAAGGGUGGCCCAGAGACAGAGCAGACUGGUGUUGUCACAAGCAUGACUGCUGUUAUGGGGAUGCAGAAUUCGCGGGCUGUCAAACAAAAACGGACCGGUAUCAGUGGACGUGCGAUGACAAGCAGGCCGACUGUGACGUGCUUAAUGACAGAUGUGCGAAAAUCCUCUGCCGAUGUGACAGGGAAGCGGCCAGAUGCCUCAGAAGGGCACCGUUCAACCAAAAGUACGCUCUGUGGCCGGAUUUCCUCUGUGGAUGUGUACAUCCCACCUGCAACAUUUACUAAUGUCAGGA